AUGACCCCCAGACACACUGACACGAAGGACCGCACUGCCGUUAUGAGCAUGAAUCGCUUUGUUGCUGGUCCAGAUUUUUACAAUUAUGACAUGUAUGGUGGUUUACGUCCUGGUAAAUUGGUUCAGUUCUUUUCCAUGACUUUUCUAGGUCUUGUAGCGGCUACGUUUACGUCAUCUUUCAUCUACACUGGUGCUCGUUUCGGUCUUUUACCUAUGAUAAGCAAUAAAUUACAGCUUAAUGAAGCCCAAACGGAAGCUAUGAAUCGGCUUGUAGAAGUACCAGCAGCCAUGGCUUUCUUUGUAGGACUGUAUGCCGAUGCAGUGCCUGUUUUUGGCUCUCGUCGCAAGUCAUACAUGAUUAUUGGUCUAUCAUUGAGUCUGUUGUGCUUGGGCCUGCUUGGACUUGGAAGUCUCUUGGCUACGGAGUUUAAUCAAACCAUGGGCAAGACAUUUCACUACAUUAUGAUGCUCUUAAUGGGCGGAGUGAGCUUUGGAUCAAUGAUUAACUUUUGUUCCGUUCAUACGGCGGUCGUGACACUAUCGCAAUGUGAAAGUUUAGAAAAACGAGGCGUUUUUCAAGCUGAUUAUUUAAUCGCUCGAGCGACAGGACAGAUUUCCGCCAGAUUACUCGUCUAUUUGAUCCAGAACAUUGUCGGAACGUUCAAUACGUCACUGGUUUUACUCGUGUUAAUGGUCUUGUCAAUUUCGACGAUUAUUGUCGUACUCACGACACUUGAUGAACCAUCAGUACAUCAGAAAGAAAGUCUUCGAUGCAAAUGUGAGAGUUACUGGAAACUCACGAAACAAAAGGCGGUAUGGAGGAGCUUAAUCGUCAUUGCCAGCUUUGCUUUUUUUCUCAACUUUGGCUUUCCACUUGUAUCACAGGCACUAAGAGAAUGGACACAGACAACGGAUCAUGUCUCAAAGCUAAUUACUAGUACCUUGAGUGACUUGGUGAUGGUUCUUACGGUGUUUGUAUGGCGAUGGAAACUUCGGAACAUUUUGUGGAAAAAAAUCUUUGCCAUGGCUCCGAUAAUGACCAUUGCACCUCAAAUUCUGAUGGCGGGGCUGAUCAUUCCAGCGCUGUGUCGUAGUCCAGUCGUAUAUAUUGUGCUGAGUGGAUUGACAGGAGUCGCUUUAGGAGUCAUGGCACUUUUACUGUUAGCUCCAGUCACUGAGAUUAUUGAAGAGGGCUCAGAAGGCGGCGUUGUUGGACUUGCGCUCUCAUUUAACACCAUGUUCAAGAUCUUUGUGAGCACAUUACUUACGACAAUCCAGCGUACGUCGUAUUUUCCAUCCAGCAAUGAUAUAGACAUGAUACAUUGGCGCUGGUCCAUCGCAAUCCUCGCCAUUGGAACGUGCUGCGUCAACAGCUUGGCGUUUGUAGCCAUUCCGAUCUUGCCACUGCAAAAGUUAGACGCGCAACUCGUGCGUAUGUAUGGAGGCUUUACCAAUAGCGCCAGUGCUCUCACUGCUGCUGCAUUCUUUUUGUCGCUCAGCUACUGCGUCGCGUACAACAUCUAUAUCUUCAGUGAAGCCAUCUACGCUUGA